UUUUCUUUUCUUUUCUUUUUUAUUUUUGUACCAUUUCGUUGAGAAGUCAUCGUAUACGGUUAUUUUUGAUAUAGAAGAAUUUAGUUUGUAUUUAGUUUAGUUGUAUUUUACGUUUGUGUCGAAAAAUUGUACAAAAAAAAUUUUACCAUUAAAGCGAAAAAACCGGGGGCAGUUAGUUUUAAUACGGUAUUUAAAAAGAAGUGUGAUAAAAAAAAUAAAAAAUCAAUAAAAUGUCUCGUGAGGAAGUGACUGAAGCGGAAACGCAACAGACAACCUCAACAAGUAAGGAGUCGCGAGAAAUUCCUAUUUCUACUACUGCCCCAAAAAAGUCCGCGUCUCAUCCUAGCCUUCACGUUCAACAAUCGCAAAAUGAACAAAGUUUGACUGCUGAAUCUAGUCAAGAAAUAAAAAUUAAUUCAGGGCGAAAACAACAAAAAGACAAAAAUAAAGACAUUUUGAAGUCUAACAAUGCUUAUCAAAGCGUGUCAGACAAAGACAUUAUCAAUAAUAAUAAAUCGACUAGUAAUGGAAAUACAUCAACCAAAACUUCCAAUAUUAUUAAUUCUGAUGAAGUAGAUGAAAAUUCUAAUGGUUCAUUUAAUCAUGAUGAUAAUAUAAUUAGUGGUGGUACUGAUCAUGAUCCAUUUCAUGAAAAUACUAUUUCGAUUCCUCGGAGACAAAGUAUGAAUGAUAAUUCACAAAGGUCAUCGAAGUCACAUUCUAUGCACCAACGCCAUAAUUCAACACCAAUUAGUUCUUCAAUUAACGUUGUUACAACAAAUACUAGUAUUUCUUCUUCACCACCAUCACCUUCAUCCUCUUCCAAUAACAGUAACAGCAACGAUAACACAAAUCCGGCUAAUACCAACAGUAACGCGAACGCAAAUACCAUAACGUCCACAAAUACAACAUAUUCUAAUGGUGUUAAUAUGCAAUCACAAAUGUACGAAGAAACACCUCAAAUGUCAUAUUCUAAUAUGAAUCAACCUACUCCUUUUAUGCCUGUUCCGCCCCAAUAUUUUCCAUUUUUUCCAAACAAUGGACAAUACUUUUAUGAUCCUCAAUACAAUAGAUUUGGGCGGCCCCCUCCCCAAAUUUCUCCUUCAGCACAACAAAAUUUUGUUAGGUCAAACGUUUAUCCCUAUCAACAAAUACCUGUUAUUCCUCCAAUUCAUCAUCCUCCUUAUCAUAAUCCUUCACCUCUAAUCCCUCAUCAGUCUCAUCCCACAAGAUAUGUAAAUGGUGGUGAUUCUGGUUUCUCUUCUCGUAGAAGUUCUCUAGAUCAGAUUAGUAGGACUCCAGAGUUUGGUCCUCAACAUAAUCCCAGGAUACAUCAGCAAAAGAAACCUAAACAAUUGGAUAAAGCUCUUUGGGUUGGAAAUUUACCUGAUUCGACCACUCAUGAUGAAUUAAAAGAAUUUUUUGCGGAUGAAAAUAUGGAGAGCGUGUUUCACAUUAAAAGAUCUAAUUGUGCAUUUGUGAAUUACAAAACAUACGAAGCCGUUAUGGAAGCUGUACACAAAUACAACGAAAUGGAAUUCAAGGGGAUUAAAUUAGUUUGCCGUCCAAGGAAGCAAACACCAGCCGAUUUAAAAUUGAAAACCGAAUCAUUAUCUGCUUUGAUUUCGGAAAACACACCUCCACCCACACCUUCGGAGGCAGGGUCAACCGCUUCUUCCACUAGAUCUCGUCGGUCAUCCUUGCCACCACGCCAACGUAUUCGACAACCAUCUAUUGCUUCUAUGUCUCCAGCUUCUUCUGUUUCUUCCUUAAAACCAUCGUCGCAAAAUAGGUAUUUCAUUCUCAAAUCGUUAACUCAAGACGACCUUGACAUUUCUGUUAAGAGCGGUUAUUGGGCAACGCAACCUCACAAUGAAGCAGCUUUGAACAAGGCAUUUAAGAGUGCCGAGAAUGUAUACCUCAUAUUUAGUGCCAAUAAGAGUGGAGAGUUUUACGGUUAUGCAAGAAUGUUGAGCCCGAUUAGCAAGGAGUCAACCGAGACAGUACAAUGGACUCCGAUCGACGAAGCCGCUUUAGCUGCUUCUUCUUCUCGCCUUUCACCUAAUCAAGAUGAGUCGAAAUCGCGGAAAAAGCUUCAAGAUGAAGAGAAUGAAGAUUGUGAAGAUGACGCAGUUCCGUCAAGGAAUUGGGGAACGACAUUUAAAGUAGAAUGGAUCAAAGUCCAAAAGCUUCCUUUCAUUCGUACGCGACAACUUCGUAAUCCGUGGAAUGCGAAUCGCGAAGUUAAAAUUAGCCGAGAUGGUACUGAAGUAGAGCCAGUAGUUGGAGAAAGGUUGCUUGCUGAAUUCCAUAAAUCACAAACAACUCCCGCAUCGUAUUCAAAUAUGUCUGGUCCUCUAUUAACUCAACCAUUAAAUAUCGAUGGUCAAGGUGUUGUUGGUGAAGGACAAGACAGAGGGUUGGCCACUCAAAACGGUGCACAAAUACAGCCGCCAAUGAUGGAUCCUAAUUAUAUUCCAAAUGCUCAACCUGCAUUUUUCACUCCUCCUCCGGGAUAUUGGCAUCCACAGCCUAUUAUAAUACCUCCAUAUGGAGCACCUCAUGCACCCCCAGGUUAUGUACCUCAACAAGCUUGGACUGCUGCUUCAUCCAAAGAUCAAUCCGUUGGUGUUACUCGUGUACAACCUUCUCAACCUUCAACCGGUUCUCCGAUGGUGUCUUUGGACCAACAACAAUACGUGGAGGUAAUAUGGGGACCUAUGCAACAUCCUUCUCACUACCAAUCAGUCCCUGCUCCUCAUCUUUAUCCAUCCGGUGCAGGAGUUCAUUAUCAACAAGCACCGCCACAGCAAUACUAUAGAUCUUCAGAAGAUAAUGGUCAUGUAGAUAGUCAUAUGACAUAUCAAGUAUCGUCACAAGAACAAAAUAUGGGUAAUGACCAAGAAGGCGAAUCCCAUAUGGUACCGACUUAUCUCAUGGAAGAUCAAAGCGCUGAAACUAGCAGUAGUGCAUAGCGGGGGAAGUAAUAUAGCUGUAGUUUGUCAUUUGCUCAAAGAGUCGCCCUCCUGUGAUUAAAUAUUCCCUCUAUUUCAUGUAAUUUUUAUUCUUUCAUUUCAAGUUUGGAAGUUUGUUUAUUUUGUGUAACUUGUGAUUUUCGUGUACAAUAUAUGUACAAAAG